AUGUUGAAGCCCCAAGUUCACCAAUCAAAAUCCAGCCAAACUCUCUUCCUUCGAAAGCCAUUUUUUCAUGGCAGAGCCAGAAGUGCUUCAUUUCCUGUCUGGUCAAGGCCUUCCUUCCAGCCGGAAAUUAAAUACAGAAACAUAAAAGCCACAAGUAGUAGUAGUAGUGAUAAUAGUAGUACCCCUACUACCACGACUAAAACUACUACUACUACUACUAGAAUUACUACUACUCCGAUUCCAGACCCUACUACUCCCACUCCUCCUACAGCCACCACCACUACCAUUGUGACUACCGAAGUUGUCACCAAGAAGUUCAUUAGUGUUAAGGCCACCCUAACCGUGACGCUUACAGUCGGAGGCUUUCUGUCACACAUUGGUCUAGCCCGAGGACUUGAUGAUAUAACAGAUUUGCUCGGUCAAUCACUCUUAUUGGAGCUUGUUAGCGCUGAGCUUGAUCCCAAAACUGGAGAGGAGAAGGAGAAGGUUGCGGGGUAUGCACACAGGAGUCGCCGACAGGAAGGAGAGAUAAUAUACGAGACAGAUUUCAAAGUUCCAGUAGAUUUUGGGGAGAUAGGUGCUAUUUUGGUAGAGAAUGAGCACCGCAAGGAGAUGUUUCUCAAGGAAAUUGUCGUCGAUGGCCUCCCAUGUGGCUCUGUUCAUCAUAGCUGUAACUCUUGGAUUCACUCCAAGUAUGACAAUCCCGCAAAGAGGGUCUUCUUCACAAACAAGUCAUACUUGCCAUCUCAAACACCAAGUGGGUUGGCCAAGCUAAGAGAAGAGGAGCUCGUGACCUUGCGAGGCAAUGGCCAAGGAGAGCGGAAGAGCUUCGAGAGGAUAUAUGACUAUGAUGUUUACAACGAUCUUGGUGAUCCUGAUAAGAAUUUAAGACUGGAAAGACCAGUACUUGGUGGCAAAGAAUUCCCGUAUCCCAGACGUUGUAGAACUGGACGACUACCAUGUGACACAGGUUCACUGUACGAGAAAAGGAGCAGAAAACAUUGGUACGUUCCUAGAGAUGAAGCCUUCUCAGAAGUAAAGCAGCUAACAUUUUCAGCAAAGACACUGUACUCUGUGAUGCACGCAUUGGUACCAUCGCUGGAGAUAGCGAUCGCCGACACUGAUCUUGGGUUCAAGUACUUCACGGCCAUAGACUCACUUUUCCACGAGGGGAUUCAGUUGCCUCCCUUCAAGGAACAAGGGGUUCUCAAAGCCCUGCUUCCCAGGCUAGUCAAGGUUAUGUCUUCUGGAGAUGACGUUUUGCGUUUUGUACCCCCAGAAACAAUGAAUCGGGACAAAUUCUUUUGGUUUAGGGACGACGAGUUUGCUAGGCAGACUCUUGCAGGUCUCAACCCAUACAGCAUCAAGUUGGUGACGGAAUGGCCACUGAAGAGUGAACUAGACCCAGAGAUCUAUGGUCCGCCUGAAUCAGCUAUAACCAAAGAAAUAAUUGAACAAGAGAUUAGAGGCUUCGCAACAAUUACUGAGGCCAUAGAAGAAAAGAAGUUGUUUAUUUUAGAUUACCAUGAUUUGUUUUUACCCUAUGUUAGCAAAGUAAGAAAGCUCGAAGGCACCACACUAUAUGGAUCGAGGACUUUGUUUUUUCUUACCCCUGAAGGUACACUCAGGCCACUGGUCAUUGAGCUAACAAGACCACCGAUGGACGGAAAGCCACAAUGGAAGCAAGUUUUCCAACCGGCGUGGAAUGCCACGGAUGUCUGGCUCUGGAGGCUUGCUAAAGCUCAUGUCCUUGCCCACGAUUCUGGUUAUCAUCAGCUUGUUAGUCACUGGCUACGAACACAUUGUGCCACAGAACCCUACAUAAUCGCCACAAAUCGGCAACUGAGUGUCAUGCACCCAAUCUAUAGAUUGUUACAUCCCCAUUUCAGAUACACCAUGGAGAUUAAUUCUCUUGCUCGUGAAUCACUUAUCAAUGCCGGUGGUAUCAUCGAAACCUCAUUUUCGCCCAAAAAGUACUCCCUUGAGCUUUGCUCUGUUGCGUAUGGGAAGGAAUGGCGGUUUGACCAAGAGGCACUCCCAGCUGACCUUAUUAGAAGGGGCAUGGCUGUUGAGGACCCAACUGCUCCACAUGGGCUAAGGCUAACAAUUGAAGAUUACCCUUUUGCCAAUGAUGGACUCCUCUUAUGGGAUGCUAUUAAACAAUGGGUCACUGACUAUGUAAACCACUACUACCCAGACUCCAGCAUUGUCCAGACUGAUCAAGAGCUCCAAGCAUGGUGGACAGAAAUCAAAACAGUUGGCCAUGCUGACAAAAAAGAUGAGCCAUGGUGGCCAGAACUCAACACUCCGGAAGACCUAAUGGGCAUCAUCACAACAAUGGUUUGGGUAGCAUCUGGUCAUCAUGCAGCUGUCAACUUUGGCCAAUAUGCCUAUGCAGGUUAUUUUCCUAGCAGGCCAACAAUUGCAAGGACCAAUAUGCCCACUGAGGACCCCUCAGAAGAGGAUUGGAAAAACUUCGUAAGAAAACCUGACAGUGCACUUUUGCAAUGCUUUCCUACACAAAUCCAAGCAACAACAAUCAUGGCUGUUUUGGACAUUUUGUCGAAUCAUUCACCGGAUGAAGAGUACAUUGGAGAGAAGAUGGAGCAGGCGUGGGCUGAAGAGCCUGUUAUAAAGGCGGCGUUUGAACGGUUUAAGGGGAGAUUGUUGGCGCUUGAACGAACAAUCGAUGAUCGAAAUGCCAGUAGUGAGUUGAAGAACAGAAAUGGAGCUGGGGUUGUACCUUAUGAGCUUUUGAAACCCUUUUCACAACCUGGGGUUACAGGAAAGGGAGUUCCGUAUAGCAUCUCUAUUUGA